GACUCCCUGCCUGUACCCAGUGAGGCAGCGCUGCACUGGAUUCUCACUGGACCCUCUCUGUGAGACCGCCCUCCCCUGUCACUGGGUGUGUGAGUGGAGCAGUUGGAGACAGGAGAUAUUUGCACAAAGCUCUCACAGUGCGGGUGGGGCUGAAGCAGCAGCAACAGUCGCUCUGGAUAUCGCUGUUGACGGUGACUAUCAGCAAAGUCUAUCUCACUGAUCGAUUUGUUCCAACAAGUACCCACUGCAGAGAUAAAAUGGCUUCACUUUCUCACUCCAAAUCCUUCAACCAGGAAGAACUAAAGCAGCUUCAGGCUGCUUUUCAAACAGGAGGAGUUGAAGGUGUCACACCCCUGAUCCAGAAGAAGUUAAAGGACCUGGAGUCUGUAGAGCUUAACAUUGCAGUAACAGGGGUAGCAGGAGCAGGGAAAUCCAGCUUUAUCAACAGUAUGAGAAGUCUUCAGAGAAAUGAUGAGGGAGCAGCUCCAACUGGUAACGUCGAAACCACACUGGAGGAAACCGGAUAUUUACAUCCCGAUCUGAAAGGUGUUUAUUUCUGGGAUUUGCCUGGAAUUGGAACUUCAACGUUCAAAGCCAAACAAUAUCUGAAGAAGAUAAAGUUUAAAAGAUAUGAUUUCUUCAUCAUUAUCUCACACACGAGAUUCACUGAGAAUGAUACGUUGCUCGCCAAGGAGAUUAAACGUCUGGGCAAGAACUUCUACUUUGUUCGAUCAAAAGUUGACAAUGAUCUAAAUGGGCUUGGAGAGGAGGGUAUUGAUUAUAACAAAGAAGCAGAGCUGGAAAAGAUCAGGAAGGAUUGUGUCAGUAACUUGGAAAAGGCAGGGAUUCAAUUCCCAUCUGUUUUUCUCAUCUCAAGCCUCAAACUGGAUCAGUUUGAUUUUCUUAUAUUAAGGGAAACUCUUGCAAAUGAUCUCCCAGAUAUAAAGAAAGAUGUUUUCAUCCUGUCAUUCCCAAACACAACUGUGGAAAUUGUGGAGCAGAAAAGGGAGAUUUUAAAGAAAAGAGUCUGGAUGAUGGCUGUAGCUUCAGCAGCUGUUGGAGCUGUGCCAGUUCCAGGGUUGUCCUUUGCUUGUGAUAUCGCUCUGUUAGUUGCAGGAAUAAUAUAUUUCCGUCACUGCCUGGGUCUGGAAGAUGCCUCUCUUGGAAGAUUGGCCAGGAGAGUUGGUAAACUUGUAGAGGAUCUGAAAGCUGUAAUAAAAACCCCCCUCUUGGGUGAGAUAAACAUUGAUCUAGUUACUAGGUCAAUGCUCGGAACUGGUGCCAUUGCCAUCUCCGCACUAGAGCUGGCCCUCGAUUUUGUACCAGUUGUGGGUUCUCUCUUUGGAGCAUCAUCAUCAUUUAUUAUGACCUACAAGCUGCUGAAUGCUGCACUUGAUGAUCUUGUGAAGAAUGCAAAAAGUGUGGUGAAGGUCGCAUUUGAUACUAAUUAGGCUCCUCGUCUCCACCACCAACCACCUGCUCUGCCCACCCACACGUGCUCCCUCCAUCCUCACCCCCAUCUCCAAAUGUGAGCAGAUGACUGACUUCCUCAGGUCUGUACAGAUGUUCACUUCAUAUCAGAGACACAGUGUGGAACCUCAGUGUCUUGUUAGACCCCCAACUGUUUUUCAAACUUUACAUCUUGGCGCUCACUCUCUCGGCUUUCCCUCACCUGCACAUUCCUCUCCUCCACCUCUCCUGCUCACCCCACUCUCCAGCACCUCCCUACACAACGGCAGACCAUCCAGAUUUCAACAGCCCAGGUCUUCUCCUGGACCAGACUCCUCUAGCCUAUCACAUUCCUCCUCACUCUACAUCAGUGUUUCUCCACAAUCCAUCAGAUCUGUGUCAGGUCUCUCUCUGCCCACUGUCAUUGGCUGAGCUCUCAUCUACUCUGUCUGUAUUCUCUGCAACUCAAAUCCCAAGUCUCUCCACCUCAGAGGCCUCCACUUUUGCAUCUUGCAGUAAGACCUACCUUAUCAACCGAACUAUCCUUCUUCUCUCCACCAAGCUCUUCCCCACACAGGCCCAAGUUGUCUAGUCAGAAGCACUUCCAGACAUCCGCCCAAUAUAAACGGUGAAAAUUAAGUAUAAAUUUGUUGGUAAUCAAAAAUGAGAUUUUCCAUGGUUUCAUGCUGUUUCUUAUGAAGGAUUCCUGUAGCAAUGGUUAGAGCAUUCGCCUCGCAAGGGAGAGAGCUGGGUUUCAUUCCCAG